AUGGGGAGGAAGAAAAGCAGUCAUGUCCAUAAUGCUCCUUGUGACGACGAAACAAUGUAUUCUCAAGAAUCUAAACCCAAGAGAAUCUACCAACUCUGGCCUGGUAACAAUAAAUUUUACUGUGGAGGGAGACUAGUCUUUGGUCCAGAUGCAUCUUCACUUCUUCUGACCACAGUUAUGAUUGGAGCUCCUGCUGUCACAUUCUCAAUUCGAAUGGCUUUUAUGAUCGGCAAGCGCUAUCCUUUGUUCCACACUCUUGUCUUGAUGGGUUCCAUUUUGCUCACUGUCUUGGACUUCACGUUUCUCUUCUUGACUUCAUCGAGAGACCCAGGGAUCAUCCCAAGGAACAAAGACGCACCUGAAGGAGAAGGGCUUGAUAAGAUCAGUCAAUCCUCAGAGUGGGUAAAUAACAAACUCGGUAACACAAAGUUACCUCGUACCAAAGAUAUAUUGGUGAAUGGUUAUACUGUUAAAGUUAAGUUCUGUGAUACUUGUUUGCUUUACCGUCCUCCUCGCGCCUCUCACUGCUCCAUCUGCAAUAACUGUGUCCAAAGAUUUGAUCAUCAUUGUCCAUGGGUGGGCCAAUGCAUAGCUUUAAGAAACUAUCCGUACUUCAUAUGUUUCAUAUCAACAUCAACACUCCUCUGCUUGUACGUCUUUAUCUUCUCAUGGGUCAGCAUACUUGAGGCACACGGAAAGAUGUUGUUAAUGGUCAUCACAGACGAUGCAAUCUUUAUUGUUCUCAUUGUCUACUGCUUUGUCGUUGUCUGGUUUGUUGGUGGACUCACUGUGUUUCACCUCUAUCUUAUCUGCACCAAUCAGGCAAGAUCCUUAAGAAACUCUUGUCUGAUAUAUACAACUUAUGAGAAUUUCAGGUACCGAUAUGACAAGAAAGAGAAUCCUUACGGAAAGGGUCUCUUCAAGAACCUGUAUGAGUUGUUCUUUGCUAAAAUCCCACCUCCAAUGAUAAACUUCAGAGAUUGGGCUCCAGAGGAACCUGAUGUGGAGGUUGGUUCCAUUGCAUCUGAGCUAGACAGAGCCUUUGGACCCCGGGGAGAUAAUAAACAUGAUAUGGAUAUGGAAGUUGGUGCGUGGAAAACUAGCAAGGGCGGCUUGCUUCUCCAGACACUUGAGUAUGACAACAACAAAAUUGAAGAGACUGUUAAGAAGAAAGGCUUAAGUGAUGUAACCGCAGAGACCAACACAGCGUUUGAUGUGAGGUCGAGAUAA